GUGCACCGAGUUUCAGCAGGAUCCCGAGUGGCUUCGAAUGUGAGAUCUCCGUGCUCGGAAUGCUCAAAAACUUGCGUUUGGCUCUAUCCACUCCCGUCAGCAGGUUCACGCGAGGGCAUUCAACGCUCCAGGAGAAUGUCAAAGCAGAGAAGCCACUCCACACGUCGGUGCUCCUCAAGGAGAGCAUCGACGCGCUGCUCAUCGAGGAAGAUAAAACAUAUGUUGACAUGACGUUCGGGGCGGGCGGUCACACAAGGGCCAUGCUCGAGCAGGGUGCGCGAGUCGUCGCCAUAGAUCGCGACCCCUCAGUGUCCGAGCUCGCCGAUGAAGUCAAGGAGGAAUACAAAGACAGAUUCGACUUCGGGGUUUCAAAGUUCACCGAUGUGAGAGACGUGUUGUCGCGUCACUGCGUGAAGAUGGGCUCCGUAUCAGGAGUCCUCAUAGACUGCGGCUUCUCCUCGAUGCAGAUGGAUCAGCCAAGAGGAUUCUCGAUCUCGAAAGAUGGUCCGCUGGACAUGCGCAUGAACCCAGCUGAAAAAGAUUGUCCAACCGCGGCCGCAUUGGUAAACGUGCUUGACGCCGAGAGUCUCGCGAGGAUUUUCAAAGUCUACGGCGGAGAGCGCAAUGCUCGCAAGAUCGCCGAAGCCAUCGUAUCUUAUAGGUAUGAGAUGAAGCGGAUGAGGACAACACGAGAGCUGAGUGAAGUUGUUGAAGCCGCCUUCUCCGAAGGGCACGAACGUCGGGACUCUCUCGGCCGAUUCACUAGUCUCGCAACUAAAAUCUUCAUGGCGCUGAGAAUUUUCGUGAACGAUGAGUUGAACGAAUUGAAUCGCGCCCUAUACCUCUCUCAUCAGAUGCUCGUCCCUUAUGGUCGCGCUGCCGUCAUCUCGUUCCACUCGCUGGAAGACAGGAUUGUGAAACGGCAUUUCCAAGGGAUUGAUCUCGAUGAGCCGGCAUCCCAGUCGAUCUCUCAGAAGUACAAGAACUCAACAGCAUGGCACUCGGAGGCGGAAAUCGUCAAAACCUGGAUUCCCAUACCGAAGUUCAUCGCACCAUCGCCCGAUGAAGUCGAGAGAAACCCCAGGAGUCGUUCCGCAAAACUACGUGUGGCUGAGAAGAUCGAUUCUAGCAAAUAAAUGAACUAAGUGCUCGU